AUGUUCAACUCACGCACGGCGUCGUCCGCGGCCAUCCGUCGGCUUCAGAUCGAGUACAAGCAGUUGACGUCAGAUCCCAACUCGCUCUUCCCAGCUACCGGACCCAUCUCUGAAGACAAUUACUUGGAAUGGGAAGCUCUUCUACCAGGUCCAGACGACACGCCCUUCGAAGGUGGGGUCUUUCGAGCGACCUUGACCUUCCCAGCUUCCUACCCUCACGAUCCACCAGUCAUGAAGUUCGACCCUCCCAUCUUCCAUCCCAAUGUCUAUCCCGAUGGAACGGUCUGCAUCAGCAUUCUUCACGCUGCAGGUGAAGAUCCCAACAUGUACGAAAGCUCGAGCGAGAGAUGGAGUCCUAUUCAGAGCACAGAAAAGAUCCUCCUGAGCGUGCUCAGCAUGCUCGCCGAACCCAACAUCGAGAGCGGCGCAAACAUCGAUGCCUGCAAGCUGCUUCGAGAGGACCCAAAGGCGUACGACGAGAAGAUUAGGCAGUCUGUGAGGGAACAGCUGGGCUUGUAA